GUGAAGCCACUCAAGCCUGCGAGAGUUGUGGUGGGAAUAUUUGUAUUUUGUUGCUAGUGAGCUAGCAAAACUUGGUGUGAACUGUUAACGACUGACCAAACAUAGCUUGCUAAUUUUUUUUUAUAUAUAUAUUUUUUACAAUAGCAAUUAGCUAAAUUAACGUUAAAAGUGGUCUCCUAACUUUUAAAACACGAAAGUUAGUUAUCAGUCUACGGAUGUCUGGAGAUAAUAUGUCGGGCGGCGGGAGCGUGGUUCGUGGCCCAGCGGGAAACAACGACUGUCGGAUCUACGUGGGUAACCUGCCGCCUGAUAUUCGCACUAAAGACGUGGAGGAUGUGUUUUAUAAGUACGGGGCGAUCCGAGAUAUCGAUCUGAAGAACCGGAGAGGAGGACCUCCGUUCGCUUUUGUGGAAUUCGAGGACCCCAGGGAUGCUGAUGAUGCGGUGCAUGGUCGUGAUGGUUACGACUAUGAUGGUUACCGUCUCCGGGUGGAGUUCCCCCGUAGUGGGCGUGGGGGAGGGAGAGGGGGUGGUGGCGGUGGCAGGGGUGGCGGCGGCGAUGGAGGAGGAGCCCCAAGAGGACGAUACGGACCUCCCUCACGGCGCUCAGAGUACAGAGUCAUCGUCUCAGGUCUCCCCUCUAGUGGUAGCUGGCAGGACCUAAAGGACCACAUGCGCGAGGCAGGUGAUGUAUGUUACGCUGACGUGUUCCGGGACGGUACCGGCGUGGUGGAGUUCGUACGCAAGGAGGACAUGACCUACGCUGUCCGCAAGCUGGACAACACUAAGUUCCGCUCCCACGAGGGAGAGACUGCGUAUGUGCGUGUGAAGGUGGACGGACCUCGCAGCCCCAGUUACGGACGCUCCCGCUCUCGUAGCCGUAGCAACGGGCGUAGCAACGGGCGUAGCAACAGCCGCUCGCGCAGCUUCUCACCGCCGCGACGCAGCCGUCCCUCGCCACGCUACUCGCCACGACACUCCCGAUCACGCUCCCGCAGCUAGACACAAACCACAUACACACACCUCCAGCCCAGCGGCCCCCAGGGAGAGGAUACAUCAGACCAGGAGACGGACAGACGCCGCCCGGUGGACAUUCUAAUGAAUUACACCUAAUGUUCUCUUGCCUCGGCUACCUCUUGUUCUUUCAUCCCCGUUUCCUGGUCUAGUUUGCCUCGGCUGUGGUUUUGGCUUAUGACCUCUGUUCUCUUUGUAUCUGCUGACCCCUCAUCUUCCCCCGCUCUCUCUCAUCUGUGUAAAGGGCUUUAAUUGUUCUGUUUCUGUUAGUUUUGACUGGGGGGGUGAGAUUUAAUUUUGUUUGUGGGGCGGGAUGGUAUUUUCUUUGGCCUGUUGUGGUGUCUGUGAUGUGUUGUUGUGCUGACCUCUGACCUGUCUGUCGUGUCUCUCUGUAGAGAUCACAGGAGCAAGCUGAUAGGCUGCUGGGAAACAGGAAACUGUUCAUAUUAGGAUUAACAGGAGGAGCAGGAGGAGUCAAAUAACCAGCCAAUGGUAUGACGGCAGUAGUCUCUCAUCCAAUCAGCUGUCAGACCUGAUGUUUUAGUGACCAGUAAUAUUAUUGAACUGGUUUUAACUUUCUACUCUCAACUCUCACAUAUUAGAGUGCUUUGUCACCUCUCCUUCCCUCAAUCCUCCCCUGGUUUUCUAUUCACGGUUUCUGGUCAGAGUAGCAUGCAUGGCAGUGUGUGUCUGUGGGGGCGGUGUGUGUCUGUGGGGGCGGUGUGGGUCGGUAGGGUAGUGCGGUGGGUCGGUAGGGUAGGGUAGUGCGGUGGGUCGGUAGGGUAGUGGGUCGGUAGGGUAGGGUAGUGCAGUGGGUCGGUACGGUAGGGUAGGGCAGUGGGUCGGUAGGGUAGGGCAGUGGGUCGGUAGGGUAGGGCAGUGGGUCGGUAGGGUAGGGCAGUGCGUCGGUAGGGCAGUGCUGUGCGUCGGUAGGGUAGGGUAGUGCAGUACUGUGCGUCGGUAGGGUAGUGCAGUGCUGUGCGUCGGUAGGGUAGUGCAGUGCUGUGCGUCGGUAGGGUAGUGCAGUGCUGUGUCGGUAGGGUAGUGCAGUACUGUGCGUCGGUAGGGUAGUGCAGUGCUGUGCGUCGGUAGGGUAGUGCAGUGCAUCUGUGGGGUAGUGCAUCUGUGGUGGCAGUAUCAAUAGGCUAGUGUGUGUGUCUGGCAUUGUUAUUAGUGGUUGGUUAGUCUUGCUGCAGAGAACUUUAGUUCUAAUGGUGAGGUGAGUGUUCUUCUGUAAAUGUCUUCUCUUAAACGCAGCUUUCAGAGCCAGCAGGUUGUGAUGGCUGAUUGGCUGUAGCUAGACCUGGGCGGUAUACCGUAUUUUACUAUACACAGAUAUUGAUGCAGGGACCGGGUUGGGUGUUUACUCUACCUUCUAGAACGAUAUUUGAACGUUUGGUUUGUUAAAUGUGAUACGCUGUGUGUGACGUCCGUUUUUAUAGUUGACUUGGCUACUUGGGUCAUCUCUCGCCAUGCCACUUUCUAGCCCCGCCCCCCUGUCACUCAAGGAGCAUAAUUGUUGUUGCUUGACAAGGAGACGCUAUGUUCGGUUUGCAUGGUCAAUGUAACACGUGCAACAAUGUUGAUGACAACAAUGCUGUUUUCACUUUGCUUCUUAAUAUAAAUCCACUAGCGUUCUAUAAUUCCACUAUUAGUUUGUUUCUUACAUCUGCAAAUUUGUAUUUUCAUAACAAGUUGGGCCUUAAUCUUGUUAGCCACUAAUGCUAACUGCUAGCUCGCUAAUAAAUGUAACUAGCUAUGCAGCCUGAUAAUACCAGUGAUGGUGUAGAACUAAAUCGGCAUGUUGGUACAACAGUAUUUUCGAAAUCAGAGGAACAUGUGAAUGUUAGUUACAUUAAGUAACUAAGAGAACCUUCAAUGUAGCCAAAGAUUAGAGUCCCAUAGGAAACACUGACCAUCACUUUGGUUCCUACCCUGUCACAAUAACUCCUCCUGGCAUUUUCAUCUCAAACAACACAGUAUUCAAAGUGCCCACUAUUAUAAGUGUUUUGCUCUUAAUCGCAAGUCCAAUUGCAACAUUUGGUUAUAAAUAAGCCCUAGUAUUUGUGGCCAGUCUUACGGCAGUGUGGAAAUGAUCCCCAGUGCAGGAAAUGCAGAAAUGUAUAAAAAAUGGUUUUGGUUGAAUUGAACAGUAUAAAACAGAAAGGAGAAAGACUCAUUGAAAUCACAUAUGUAACAAUACUCAAAGGAAAUUAAGGACUUUUAUUAAAAAACAUUAAAUACUGCCAUACCAUUUUUUUAAUAUUGUUUGUACACCGUGAUAUAAUAUUUUGGCCAUAUCGCCAAGCCCAAACUAUAGCAGGUUGUGAUAGUUUGGCUGUAGCAGGCUGUGAGUGAUUCUAACCUGUUGCUCCUUCCUUCUCUCUGUUGGGUACGGGAUCUGUCUCAAGGAAGGCUGUGAUUGGAGGAGGGCUCUGUCUCCCCGUCCUGGAGCCAAUCAGACCUUCAGGAUCAGAGCAGGGAUUAGGAUUAAGGAUGGAGAGAGAACGCGGAGUGGGACAGGAGCAUAGGAUCGGGACCAGCCCCCAGGCCACAGCCCAGCCCACUGGAACCUAAAUACUAGACCUAAGUCACUCAAAUGGCUCUCAAACACCCAAAAUUAGUUUAUUUUCCCCGUGUGGACUCCACAGCGUCCUUCUAGGAUCCUGACCAGCGUUCUUUUAUUAUUUAAGUGGAGCUCAACGCAAAACCAGGAGUCUGGCUCAGGAUGGAGGGAGGCGCACAUAAGGAGAUUGGUAACUAGAAGGGAAUUAUAAUCUGGGGGGUUAAAUGUGUUUGUUCAUUAAAGGGAUGGAGGGUAAUGUGUUUCGUUUGUUUGGAGGGAGGGUGUGUUUUUUUUAAGGUUUGCAUUGUUUCCUCAGUAGAUUUUAUGAUUCGUUUGUUUCCCUAGUUGGUAACUUUUCAUGUUUCAGCACCUCUUCAAUAAAGUGUCUUCUACAGUAA